AUGGAGAAUCUCUCUCAAAUCCUCCCUCGUGUCCUCGUCGUCUCUAGACGCACCGUUCGUAAAAACAAAUUCGUCGAUUUCGUUGGUGAAUACCAUCUUGAUUUGAUAGUUCGUUAUGGAUGUGUACCUGUGAUUGUUCCAAGAGUCACUGGUGUUCACAUGUUGCUUGAGAGCUUCAAACCAAUCCAUGGAGUCCUUCUUUGUGAAGGAGAAGACAUUGAUCCUUCUCUUUACGAAUCUGAAAUAUCAUCUCUUUCUCCAGAAGAGCUUCAAGAGAUUAGAGAAACACAUGCGAGUGACACAGCCAUUGACAAAGAGAAAGACUCCAUUGAGUUAGGUCUUGCCAAGCUCUGUUUAGAACAGAACAUUCCUUACUUAGGAAUCUGUAGAGGAUCACAAAUUCUGAAUGUUGCUUGUGGUGGGACACUUUAUCUUGAUUUAGAGAAAGAGCUAACGAACAAGUUACCUGAAGAGCGUAGAGCGAAACAUAUCGAUUACGAUGAUUAUGAUGGACAUAGACAUGUUGUGACGAUUGUUGAGAACAGUCCACUUCAUUCUUGGUUUAAAGAUUCGUUGGAUGGUGAUAACAUGGAGAUUUUGGUUAACAGUUAUCAUCACCAAGGUGUUAAGAGAUUGGCACAGAGGUUUGUGCCAAUGGCGUUUGCUUCUGAUGGGUUAAAGGAAGGCUUUUACGAUCCUGAUGCGUAUAACCCUGAGGAAGGGAAGUUUAUAAUGGGUUUGCAGUUUCAUCCAGAGAGAAUGAGACAGGAAGAUCUUGAUGAGUUUGAUUAUCCUGGUUGUCCUGCUGCAUAUCAGGAAUUUGCAAAGGCGGUGAUUGCGUAUCAGAAGAAGCUGAAUAGCUCAAUGUCUGUUCCAAAGACAUUGAAGCUUGAUAGAGAGAUGGAGGACAAAAGAAAGAUCAUCGUUCGAAGUUUUUCACUUGCGAGGAACAUGUAUGCUAGAGGAGCUCCUGGCAAGAAUCCAUCAAAAGAGUCAGAGCUAGAAGUUGGAGCCGAGUUUCUCGAGUCAAACACGGCGCUAAGCGCGGAGCAAGAGACAAGGCUGAAGGAGAUGGGAGCGACGGUGAGGAACGGAGGAUCAUAUAUGAAGAAGUUGAAAGUAGACGAAGAGAAGCAGAGGAUGGCGAGGAACAUGAUGAACAAGAUGAACGUAGAGCAACUCUCGGAGCUUAUGGCAUUUUAUCAUUUGAUGGGAAAUAUCUGUGGAGACGUUUUGGAGAAAAAGCUUCAAGGCAAUGUGAAUGAAUGCUUGAAGGAUCUGUGA